GAAAAAUACAUAGCCAAAGCGGGAAAAUAGAAAGAAAAAGAAAACUAGAAAAAAGCCUCUCGCUCUCUCCAAAACUUAGCCGGGAAGCAAACCAAAGUGGACAAUGCAAUAAGAGACUUGUUUCGUUCUUUGAAGUAUCUCGCCUGCUCACUCUCUGAAUUUCUGUCAAAAUCUAUCUCUCUUUUGGUUUCGGGUUUCUAGCUUGGGGAACUCUUAAAGAUCAGUAGGGUUCGCAGUUUCCGAUCUACCCAAUCUGAGCACCUUUGGGGUUCGGAACUGGGCGAGUAUUUGGGGCCAAGGAUGGAACUGGAAGGAAGUGAAAAAGAUACGGUGGUAACUCAAAUCAGUAUUGGAGGGUUUGAUCGUCAUGUCAAAGCAAAAGACCUUAUGGACUUCUUGGAAUAUGAAGUUGGGAUUGUUUACAGGUGUAGGUUGAAAACUUCCUGCACAGCUCGAGAGUCCUAUCCAACUUUUGAGAACAUUAAUAGUGAAAAUAUUAUGGAAUCGAUUGAUAUAAGGCAAGUGGAGCCCCAUGCUUUUGUACAUUUUGCCUCCCCUGAAUCAGUAAAUUGGACUCUGUCUAAUCCGCUUAUGCUGAACAAUCAAACACUAAAGGUAACUCUGGGGCCUGAGACUUUGUACCGAAUGAACCAGAGGAGGAGGACUACUACACCAAUAAAAUUAGCUGAUGUGAUUGUUGAGAUUGGAAACUUAGUAAGGCGAGAUGAGUUCUUCGUUGCUUGGAGAGGACCUUCCUACGGGGUUGAUUUUCUUGUGGAUCCUUUUGAUGGGUUAUGCAAAUUUUGUUUCACCAGAGAUACUGCUUUCUCAUUCAAAGAUAUGGCUAAGCUUGCAAUGAUGAAGUGUGAUUUCAAGGUGGAGUUCUUGGUUAGAGACAUUAAUGAGAUUAAACAGUACACAGAUACGUCGCAUUUAGUAGUUCUUUUGCUGCUGGCUUCAUCACCCCGUGUUUGGUAUAGAACUGCUGAUGAUGAUAUUGAAGUAUCCGUGCCAUUUGAUUUGUUGGAUGAUGAUGAUCCCUGGAUCCGAACGACAGAUUUUACUCCUAGUGGGGCCAUUGGGCGUUGCAAUUCUUAUAGAGUUUCAAUCCCACCUCGUCAUGGUUCAAAGUUGAAGAAGGCCAUGAGUUAUCUUCGAGAACGAAGGGUUCAAGAGACCCCCCUAAGAAAAGCACUUAGGAUACAGAGUGAACCUGAUUUUGCGGUGCCCAUGUCAGAUCCUAUCUUCUAUGUUCACGGCAAGCAUGGUAUCCCUUUUGAGAUAAUGUUCUUAUUGAAUGUUAUAGUGCACAAGGGUAUAUUUAAUCAGCACAACAUUUCAGAUGGCUUAUUUGAUUUAUUCAGAAACCAACCAAGAGAAAUCAAUUUGGCUGCACUGAAACACAUAUCUUCUUACAAACGUCCAGUUUUUGAUGCUUAUGCAAAGCUAAAAAAUGUUCAAGAAUGGUUAUUGAGAAAUCCUAAACUUUUGAAGAUCCCUAGGCAAUUGGAUGACAUAGCUGAAGUUAGGAGGUUGGUCAUCACGCCAACUAGAGCCUAUUGUCUUCCUCCAGAAGUUGAACUGUCCAAUAGAGUCCUUAGAAAAUAUAAAGAAGUGUCGGAUCGAUUCUUAAGGGUUACUUUCAUGGAUGAAGGCAUGCAAACCAUGAAUUUGAAUGUCCUUACCUAUUAUCCCGCUCCUAUUGUCAAGGAACUCACAUCAAACUCCACAUCUCAAAAAACAAAAGUAUUUAAGAGGGUGAAGAGCCUUUUGACUGAUGGGUUUUACUUGUGUGGUCAAAGGUACUCCUUUUUGGCUUUCUCUUCCAAUCAAUUAAGGGAUCGUUCUGCCUGGUUUUUUGCCGAAGACGGUAAAAUAACAGUCAAUGGCAUCAAAAAAUGGAUGGGGAGGUUUAAUAACAGAAACAUUGCAAAGUGUGCUGCUAGGAUGGGUCAGUGUUUUUCUUCUACGUAUGCCACAGUUGAAGUUCCACUAACAGAGGUUAAUUUUGACCUUGAAGAGAUUGAGAGGAAUACUUAUGUUUUCUCUGAUGGAAUUGGGAUGAUUACUCCUGAUCUUGCUAAAGAAGUGGCGGAAAAAUUAAAACUUGACAUAAAUCCACCGUCAGCAUAUCAGAUUAGAUAUGCUGGCUGCAAAGGUGUUGUUGCUUGUUGGCCACCAAAGGGUGAUGGGAUUCGGCUUUCUUUGAGGCGCAGCAUGAACAAGUUUGAUUCUAAACACACCAUACUGGAAAUCUGCUCUUGGACUAGGUUUCAGCCUGGUUUUCUGAACAGGCAGAUUGUCACUUUGCUGUCAACAUUGAAUGUUCGGGAUGAAAUAUUCUGGAAAAUGCAAGAGACUAUGCUUUUCAAGUUAAACCAGAUGCUUACUGAUGCGGAUGUGGCUUUUAACGUUCUCACCGCUUCAUGUCCUGAGCAAGGAAAUGUGGGAGCAAUAAUGUUGAGUGCAGGUUUCAAGCCCCAGUCAGAACCUCAUUUGCAAGGCAUGCUAACCUGCAUAAGAGCUGCACAGCUUUGGGGGCUUCGGGAAAAGGCUAGGAUUUUUGUUCCUUUGGGGAGAUGGCUUAUGGGCUGUCUAGAUGAGCUUGGGGUGCUUGAACAAGGUCAAUGCUUUAUCCAAGUCUCCACACCAUCACUUGAAAACUGUUUCUCAAAACACGGUUCUAGGUUCAGCGAGACAAAGAAUAAUCUUGAAGUGAUCAAGGGUUUUGUUGUGAUAGCAAAGAACCCUUGUCUUCACCCAGGAGACAUAAGGAUUCUUGAAGCAGUUGAUGUCCCUGGUUUGCACCAUUUGUAUGACUGUCUUGUUUUUCCUCAAAAGGGUGAUAGGCCCCAUGCAAACGAAGCUUCUGGAAGUGACCUUGAUGGAGAUCUCUACUUUGUCACUUGGGAUGAAAAUCUUAUUCCCCCAAGUAAGAAGAGCUGGAAUCCUAUGCAAUAUGAUCCAGCUAAACCCAGAACUUUGCCCCGUGAUGUCACUCAGAAGGACAUAAUAGAUUUCUUCUCAAGAAACAUGGUAAAUGAGAGCCUUGGGGCAAUUUGCAAUGCUCAUGUGGUUCAUGCUGACCUUAGCGACUAUGGGGCGCUGGAUGAAAAGUGCCUUAGCCUAGCAGAGUUGGCAGCCAUAGCAGUUGAUUUUCCGAAAACUGGGAUUAUUGUUACAAUGCCUGCACAUCUGAAGCCCAAAAUCUACCCAGAUUUUAUGGGAAAAGAGGAGUAUCAAUCCUACAAGUCAACUAAAAUUAUGGGGAGACUCUACCGGCAGAUUAAGGAUGAAUACAGCGAUGAUGUGUCACCAUCUUCUGAGCUCAAUAUUGUAUCUAGCAACAUCCCUUUUGAUACAGAUCUUGAGGUGCCAGGAGCAGCUGAUUUCUUAGACGAUGCCUGGGAGAAAAAAUGCUCUUAUGAUGGGCAACUGAAAGGCCUAAUGAUACAGUACAAAGUGAAAAGGGAAGAGGAGGUUGUGACUGGGCAAAUUUGGUCCAUGCCAAAGCACAAUAGCAGGAAGGAGGGGGACCUUAAGGAGAGACUUAAGCAUUCCUACACUGGAUUGAGAAAAGAAUUUAGACAAGUUUUUGAGAAGGUAGAUUCAGACUUUGAGCAACUCACUGAUGAUGAGAAGAACGUGUUAUAUGAGAAGAGGGCAUCGGCAUGGUACCAGAUAACUUACCAUCCUAAAUGGGUGAAAAAAUCACAGGACAUGCACGAUCAGUUGGAAGAGGUCAAAAAUGUGGUGAUGUUGAGCUUUGCAUGGAUCGCAGCCGAUUACCUUGCUCGGAUCAAGAUCAGGUGUCGUGGAGUUGGAGAUGCUGACUCUACUAAGCCAAUCAACUCAUUGGGGAAGUAUCUUGCUGAUCGGAUAUGAACUGCAUUUUGAAGCCCAUAAGAAAAUGUCUCUGGCCAUUCUCGAGUUCUUCAUGGUGGCAAGGCCAUUCUGCCAAUUUAUCUAGCGUUUGUUGUCGAGUUUUUUUCUUUUGAAAUGUAGCUAAAUAUCCAAAAGAUACAGGUGUUGCUUGAGUCAUGUAUUUGUUUAAUUGUGAUAGCAUAUGGCUAUGAACAGUGUGAUGCGUGUGCUGCAGCUCACCGGAGCUGUCGCUCAACACAAAGUGGGAUCAUAUAGACUUUGCACUGUUGCUAGUCGCAACUUGAGUUGCUCAACAAAUUAU